AUGGAAGUGAUUACUCUCGCUGGAUAUACCACUGAUGAGAAAAUGCAUAUUGCUAGAGACUAUUUGGUGAAAACCACAUGCAAAGAUUGUGGCAUUAAGCCUGAACAGGCUGUUGUGAGCGAUGCAGCUCUUCUUUCAUUGAUAGAAAACUACUGCAGAGAAGCAGGAGUUAGAAAUCUUAAAAAGCAUAUUGAGAAGAUUUACCGUAAGAUUGCUCUUAAGCUAGUACGCCAAGGAGCAUCCACUGAAGCACCUGCAGUUUCGGUUGAUGUUAGUGAUACUAAAUCUUUAGCCAAGACCGAUUUAGAGGUUAAAAGAAUGACAUUGGCGGAAUCAACCGAAUCAAAAACUAAGCAGAGAGGAGGGGUAGCUAAAACGGUUGUGAUUGAAGAAUCAAACUUUGCACAUUAUGUAGGCAAACCACUUUUCCACGCAGAGAAGAUCUAUGAACAGACACCAGUCGGGGUUGUAAUGGGUCUAGCUUGGACAUCCAUGGGUGGCUCGCCAUUGUACAUAGAGACUACAUUUGUAGAAGAAAUAGAAGGCAGAGGCUGUCUUCGUAUAACGGGUCAGCUUGGGGAUGUGAUGAAGGAAAGCGCACGGAUUGCCCACACUGUCGCUAGAAGAAUCAUGCUCGAGAAAGAACCCAAGAACCGGUUUCUUGCAAACUCCAAGCUUCAUUUACAUGUUCCUGAAGGAGAUACACCAAAAGACGGUCCAAGCGCAGGCUGCACCAUGAUCACUUCGUUGCUAUCACUUGCCAUGAAGAAGUCUGUUAGGAAAGAUCUUGCAAUGACCGGAGAAGUAACUCUAACCGGUAGAAUUCUUCCAAUUGGCGGGGUCAUGGAGAAAACUAUGGCUGCAAAAGAGUUUAGGGAGAGGGUUAACCGUAAUAAGGAUAACAUUCCAGAACAUGUAAUGAAAGUUAUAAAUGAAGAGCUUAAGAGACUGGUGGUGAUGACGUCUGAUGAGUCUAGUAUCCUUUGUAACUACCUUGACUGGUUGACCUCAUUGCCCUGGGGAAUUUACAGUGAUGAGAAUUGUGAUGUCAUGAGUGCAGAAAAGAUUCUUGACGAGGAUCAUUAUGGCUUAUCUAGUGUAAAAGAAAGAGUAUUAGAACUCAUUGCUGCUAAAAGCCUUGGUGCCACUUCACAAGGGAAGCCCAUUUGUAUCGUGGGUCCUUCUGGGGUUGGUAAGACUAGCAUUGCGCGUUCUAUUGCGCGUGCUCUUAAUCGCAAUUUCUAUCAACUCCAUGUAGCAGGGAUAUGUAUGGCUGCUCACAUUAAGGGGAGUUCUCGGAUAGUAAGUGCCAUCCCGGGAAAGAUGGUACAAUGUCUAAAAAGUAUGGGAACAUUUAAUCCUGUUGUUUUGAUUGAUGAGAUUGAUAAGCUCGGAAGAAACACCCCUGGCGAAACACUCGAUGCGUUGUUGGAGCUUCUUGAUCCAGAGUUGAAUGCAGAUUUUUUGGAUCACUAUCUUAACGUUACCAUUGACCUAUCGAAGGUUUUAUUUAUAUGCACAGCAAAUUCCUUAGACCUGUUUUGGAGUUCUCUGGCAAACAAAAUGGAAGUGAUUACUGUCUCAGGGUAUCUCUUUGAUGAGAAAAUGCGUAUCGCCAGAGACCAUUUGGAGAAAACCGCACUCAGAAAUUGCGGCAUUAGGCCUAAACAGGUUGAUGUGAGCGAUGCGGCUCUUCGUUCGUUGAUUGAACAGUACUGCAGAGAAGUAGGAGUUAAGAAUCUCCAGAGGCUGAUUGAGAAGAUUUACCGCAAGAUUUCUCUUAAACGAGUACGAGAAGAUGAAUCUGAUACAACACUUGUUGAAACGGUUAGAAAGGUUUCGAUUGACAAUUCAAACCUUGCGAAUUAUGUUGGCAAACCUGUUUUCGUUGCGACAAAACUCAAUGAGAAGAUUGAUGUCGACAAAAUUUAUGAGCAAACCCCGGUUGGGGUUGCAGUGGGUCUGUCGACAAAGAGAAUAGUUUACAUAGAGACGAAUUUUCUCGAAGAAGAUAGAGGCAAAGGCGGCGUAUAUGUAAUGACUGGCCAGCUAGGGAAUGUGGUAAAAGAAAGCGCGAUGCUCGCUCACACAUUCGCCAGAAAAUUCUUGCUAAAGAAACAACCUAAGAACCGGUUCCUUGCGAAUUUCAAGAUUCAUCUACAUGGUCUUACAGGUGUCAUAGGAAAUGACGGUCAAACCGGAGCCUCAUCAAUAGAAGGUCCAAGCGCAGGCUGCACAAUGAUCACUUCGUUUCUAUCACUUGCCAUGAAUAAGCCUGUAAAAAAGGAUCUUGCAAUGACCGGAGCAAUCAGUCAAAACGGUAGAAUUCUUCCAAUUGGCGGCGUGAUGGAGAAGACUUUAGCUGCAAGGAGGAGUCAGAUCAAGACGAUCAUAUUUUCAGCUGGAAAUUGGAUGAACUUUGAUGAGCUACCGCAAAAUGUGAAAGAAGGGCUCGAUGUUCACUUUGUGGAUGAAUAUGAGCAGAUUUUUGAGCUAGCAUUUAACUAUGACUAG